AUUCUUAUCAAAAUUCAAGCGCUAACACUACAAUAAAGCUUUCACCUCGCAGAGCCAAGCUUUCAAGACACAGUUCGCAGCCUCCGCAGGCGGCGCUCAAUAUUAAAAUUCAACCAAAACAAACAAUCAGUAGUAAUUGAGUAAUCAGUGGCUAUCAAGUGCCGAAGACGCGUGGAUGUGAAAAGUGAAUGAACUUGGAAAAGAGUGAAGAAAAUUUAUAAAUAAAUUCAAAAACAUACAAACAUAUAUUUACAUACAUAUAUAUAUGUAUAAUUACUUAAGAAACUGACAUAAUCAAAUCUGAAGAAAAGAAUAAACACCUCACAAGCCACCAAAAUUAUUAUGUUUUCUUAUUCGCCCGCCUCGCAAUGUUUACUCAGCUUGGCUUUGAUCGGCUUAGUUCUAAUCAAUUAUCAACUACUAGUUGCUGCUGACGAUAGUACUCGUACAGUGGUGCAAGACGCAGCGAAACCGCAUAUUAUUUUAAUAUUAGCGGAUGACAUGGGCUUCGACGAUGUCAGCUUCCGUGGCUCCAAUGAAUUUCUCACACCCAACAUUGACGCACUGGCCUACCAUGGCCGAAUUUUGGAACGCCUCUACGCGCCGGCCAUAUGUACGCCCUCACGUGGAGCACUCAUGACCGGACGUUUUCCCAUACAUACAGGCACUCAACACUUUGUCAUUAGUAACGAGGAACCAUGGGGUCUACACACAAACUACACAAUACUACCGGAGAUCUUUCAAAAAGCUGGUUACUCCACUAAUCUGGUGGGUAAAUGGCAUUUGGGUUUUGCGAAGCGGGAAUUCACGCCCACUUAUCGUGGCUUCGACUACCACUAUGGCUACUGGGGUGGCUUCAUCGAUUACUAUCAUCGACGCAGUCAAAUGCCGGUACCACACUACUCCAUGGGCUAUGAUUUUUACCGCAAUAUGGAAGUUGAAUGUGGUGAUUAUGGCACCUACAUGACGGAUCUGCUGACGCGCGAAGCCGAGCGUAUAAUACACGCGAAUAACAACACGAAACCCCUGCUGCUUCUACUUAGUCAUUUAGCAGUGCACACGGGCAACGCUAAUGCACCGUUAGAGGCGCCAGCCGAAGAGAUUUCCAAAUUCCAUUAUAUAAAAGAUCCGAAUAGGCGUAAAUAUGCCGCCAUGGUCUCACGCCUGGAUCAGAGUGUCGGACAAGUAAUACGCGCACUGGAAAAAACAAAUAUGCUACGCAAUUCGAUAGUGAUCUUUCAAUCGGACAACGGUGGUCCCUCGGUUGGACAAUUCGCGAAUACAGCCUCCAAUUGGCCUUUGAGAGGGCAAAAGAGCACACCAUGGGAGGGUGGCGUGCGUGUGGCUGGCGCCAUUUGGAGUCCCUCAAUACGUGAGCUUGGCUCAGUCUUCCAUCCGACCAUGUACAUCGGUGACUGGUUGCCCACUUUAGCGGCCGCAGCCAAUAUACCACUCAAUAGCACAGAACUACGUCUGGAUGGUAUCAACUUAUGGCCCGCACUCACUAAUCACAGUGCGACCAAUCAAAGCGCGCGCACAGUAAAUCGUGAAAUAGUUCACUACCUCGAUGAUAUAUGGCAUGUAGCUGCCUUACAGAAAGGUGAUUGGAAGUAUGUGAAUGGCACUACCGCGGCAGGACGUUUCGAUAAUUUACUCACCUACCGUGAACUCUACGAUACUGAUCCACGUGGCAGCGAUUAUUUUGCCGCCGUUCGAAACUCGAAGGUCUCAGCGGUGCUGCGUAAAUAUGCUGGAGUGGAAUUGACACGUGAUCAGGUAAUGAGCUUACGUGCAGAGGCAGCAAUAAAGUGUGGCAAUGGCGUCCAGCAUGGUUGCAAUCCACUCGUGGAAGAAUGUCUCUACAAUGUCGCUGCAGAUCCUUGUGAGCGUAACAAUUUAGCAUCACAAUCUGAGUAUAACAGUAUCUUGCGUGGUAUGCGUAAACGUGUGCGCAAGCAUCGAUCCACCGCCUUGCCUGUGGCUAAUCGUCGAGGUCACUAUGAGAACAGUCCUGCGCGUCAUCGUUGUUUGUGGGCGCCGUUCUUGGAAGAGGCACCCAGUGAGGAAUUUUUCAUCUGCGGACUUUAUGGAAUGCCUUGCGAGACCAGUAGUUAACACAAGUGAAGAAUAUACUUACUUAAGAAUUCCAAUAUGAAUACAGUUGAAAAUAAAAUCGAUGGUUUUGGCUGACUUUCGGCUACCUAAA